AUGCCUCAAGAGAAGAGCGUGAGCGAUGCUUUUGCUUAUGGGCAAAUGAUAGAUUCUCUUUGUCGAUAUGGAAGGCAUCAUGGGGCCUCCAGGAUUGUUUAUAUGAUGAUGAAGCGAAGGUGUUCCCCGAGCUUAGUUUCAUACAAUUCUAUUGUGCAUGGACAUGCCAAAAAUGGUGGCUAUUUGAGGGCGUAUCAGUUCUUGAAACAAGGGUUUGAAAUUGGCUACUCCCCUUCUGAAACUACUUACAAGGUUCUGAUAGAAUGCCUUUCUUUAGAAGAAAAUGAUCUUGGCAAAGCAAAGAAACUGUUUGACAUCAUGUUGAACAAGGAAGGGAUAAAAUGUCAUCCUGACGUAGUUACUCUGAACACAGUUAUUAAUGGCUUUUGUAAGAUGGGCAAAGUGGAAGAGGGGAUCCAGAUAGAAGAAGCAAAGGUGUCCUGGGAUGAUAUUUUUUGGCCAUCAGGGGUUCAUGACCAUUUUGUAUAUUCAGCCAUCAUCAAAGGACUUUGUUGUUUGCCGAAGUUUGAUGAGGCUUGUGAUUUUCUAUAUGAAUUGGUAGAUUGUGGGAUUAGACCAAACACUGUAAAUUACAACAUUUUGAUCGAAGGUGCUUGCAAAUUGGAUCUAAAGAAAGAAGCCUACCAGAUUGUAGGAGAAACGAGGAAGAAUGGAGUAGCCCCUGAUGCAGUUACAUGGAGGGUCAUUGACAAAUUACACAAGGAAACAAAACAGUGGGGUCCUGAAGACAAAAUCAACAUGUAA